AUGGCUCCAUCUGUACAGCAACUUCCCGAGGAUAUCCCAGCCCCAAGUCUUGAGAAGCUUGGGAUCACAAAUGAUGCUCCUGAGGAAGUUCUCCAAGAAGCUCCAAAGCAAGCUCCAAAGCAAGCUCCAAAGGAAGUCCCUAAUGUGAAGAGACAAAUCGAUCUCGAGGGAGGAAAGACUGAUGCCAAGUAUCCUCAAUACCUUCCAACUUGGAAUCAUGGCCAGAAGUACCCUCCCUUGGAGCCCUUCACCCAUGUUGAGCAUGGCAAGGGUGCCGACGCCACCUUCAAAGAUCUGCUUCCAGAAGGCAGUAAAAUUCAGAAGCUUACUCCGAGCAUUGGAUCUGAGGUCACAGGCGUUCAACUGAGCAAGCUCACCGCUGCUGGAAAAGAUCAAUUGGCCCUUCUCGUGGCUCAGCGUAAGGUUGUGGCAUUCCGUGACCAAGAUUUUGCAGACCUUCCGCUCCAAGAGGCUCUCGACUUCGGUGGAUACUUCGGCCGACAUCACAUUCAUCCUACUAGCGGAAGCCCAGAGGGCUUUCCUGAAUUGCACAUCGUCCACCGAUACGGCGCUACCGGCAGCGAAUUCGAAGCCUUCCUGGCUAAUCGCAACAGCACUGUGAGCUGGCAUUCUGAUGUUACUUACGAGGCACAAACUCCUGGAACCACGUUCUUGUAUAUCUUCGACACGCCUGAGACUGGUGGGGACACCCUGUUUGCCAAUCAAGUCGAAGCAUACAACCGUCUGUCAGAGCCGCUGAAGGAGAGAUUGCAUGGGCUGAAAGCAGUGCAUUCUGGAUUCGAGCAAGCUCAGUUCAGCAGAGAUCGAGAUGGUGUGGUGAGGAGAGAGCCUGUCAAGAACGAGCACCCUCUCGUGAGAACUCACCCUGCUACAGGCGAGAAAGCACUCUUUGUGAACACUGGUUUCACUCGCAGCAUCGUGGGGCUGAAGAAAGAGGAGUCCGAAGCACUCUUAGCCUUCUUGUUCAAUCAUAUCAGCAGAGGUAUUGACUACCAAGCUCGUGUGAGAUGGGCGCCGAAGACGGUGGUGGUGUGGGAUAAUCGUGUGACUGUCCAUUCUGCGACGGCCGAUUGGAGAACUGGUGAACGUCGCCACUUGGCAAGAAUCACUCCUCAAGCUGAAGUCCCAUUUGAGACCCCAUACGUUAAGGGUGAUGUGGAGACGAAGGCUUGA